AUCACAGUAAUGUGUAAAUUCUUAUAGAAAUAGCUAAUCGUCUUCCAUUACGUAUGCAUUUUUUCCAAAGAUGCACUGAAUUGAUUGGUUAUCUGAUCUGGAUUGCAAAUUUUAUCUAGACGAACAUAACCUAUAAAACGCGAAAAUUUUUGUCAGCAUAGAAUACAAAAAAAAUACAGUUACACGCGUGAUAGUCAAAUUCUAUUUCCGAGAAGCAACGAGAAGAUUUUGAAGAAGGUAACUCAAGAAAAUGGGUGAACGCUACAACAUUCACAGUCAACUCGAGCAUCUGCAGUCAAAGUACAUCGGCACAGGACACGCAGAUACAACGAAAUUUGAGUGGCUGGUGAAUCAGCACCGGGAUUCCUGCAGUUCGUACAUGGGCCAUUAUGAUCUGCUAAAUUUCUUCGCGAUUGCCGAAAACGAAGCCAAGGCACGAGUCAGAUUCAAUCUCAUGGAAAAAAUGCUACAACCUUGCGGACCGCCCCCCGAGAAACCGGAGGAUUAAAUUGUACAUCCUCU